AUGAGCGAGAAUCGAACUCGAGACCUUCCGAAAGACGGCAGUGUCCGCAUCCAACGGAGCAAUCCAGUAGAUAAUCGAUUGACGGUAUCGGCAUCCUGCGAGAUGACUAUAUUGAGCCCCGGUGAGCUUGGUGGUCGGCCAGUGGGUAGAGACGGGCAUAAUCGCAAUCAACGAGGAAAGGAUGGAGGAUCAAAGACGACUAUCAAUAACUGCAAACACCAUCCAAUCAUCUCCCCUAAAUUAAAUCCCGAGAACUGUGCUCGACGAACAGCGUAUAUAAAACUAGCUGAAAACCCACACGAAAGCUUUUCAUGUAAAGAUCAGCCUUCUUUCCGCAAUCUCAUGGAAGAUGGAGCAGUGAAAGUUGCAGGAAACCGAAAGGGCGUUCAUGGCGAGACCAUCAUCCCCGGCGGCUCGACCUCGAGACUAUCCAUAAACAUGAUAUUCCUAGUACUCACGGCCAGCCCGGAGAAUGCAGUGCACCAGUGCCCCGGCGAUGAAUCUAAAUUGCACGGAUAA